UAAUAUCUUAUUCUUUUUUAAUUUACUCUGAAAUAUCUACACAAAAGAUUUAAUGAAUAAGAAAGGAUCAAAAAAAUGUUUACGUAACAUUAUAAAAACAGAAAGUUCAAUGCACAAAGUAGCCCCAUCCCGGGGUCUAUUUUGUGCACAACUUUUAAUGACUACAACUCCGACAAAAAAAUUUAUUUCAUUGACUAACUCAUAGGAAACCUUCAGAAGGAAGUAUAACAUAAGCGAAAGUUGAUUUUCUUUUAAUUCUGAAUUUGAAUAAAUCACUGAGUUAAAAAAAGCAUUUUGAUGCACAAAAUAGCCCCAGCAAAAAUAUUUACUAUUUACUAUCAGCUUGACAUAACCAGAGAAUUUUAUUUUCAUAACAUUAUGAAAUUAGCGCAUAAAACUAAUUUUAGAAAAGUAUUCACAAAUAAAAGCGUUACGAUCAACAGUAAUACUGUGCUUCUGCAUGGUUGACAUAAAGACAUUUUAAAUUAAGCACCGAAAGUAAAGCCGUGUUUUUUCGAAUAUUAAGGUGUUUUUUAAUAAGUCAACGGUUGCUGAAGCACUGAAAUAUAAAAGGACACAACUAUGUCUGUCCUCUUCUAUAAUAUGUGUUAUUGCAGCAACUGUUGAUCCAUGAAUUUGCACCUUUACACUGUACGCCACAGGUGCCACGGAGCCAAUAUUUUAUGUAACACUACGGAGCUGAAAAACAUAUUAAACAUCCAGAUGGAUCUAUUGCAAAGUGGAGUCAUUUUCAAACUGCGUAUGAGCUGGAUUCUAAAUCACAAAAAAUGGUGAGAGCAUUACCUCGAAUUAAGGAAGGCCACGUGUAUAAAAAAAAAUGAAAGUCGAUGUGGCUGCGCAAGUGUAUAGCAGAUCGGUGGCAUCUUUUAUUACGACAGCUAACAGUUUAGCACCCUCUUUAAUGCCAAAUGAAGCACUUGGUGCUGCCAAGUUAGCCCUUUUGGCCAUGAUAAAUUUUGGAGUGAAACGCGUGGAAAAUUCCUGAAACUGCGCUUUGUAACAAAAAAAGGAGAAAAGGUUGCUGAUCCUCCAAGCUCAAUAAAUUUCAGACGAAACCUCUCUGCUAUGCCCUUAAUUUAGAAAUGGCUUCAAGAACGUGGAUUUUUAUCUUUUAAACCGGGUUUCCUAAACCAAGCCAUUUUAGAGAACUUUUUUGGAUGUUUACGGAGCCACAGUCAUCGUUUCGUACAUCUAACGUGUCAACAAUUCGAUGGACUAUUUAAAACUUUUCUUAUAAACAAUUUAACAUCGCCGCAUUCAGUGGAAGCGAACUGCAGAGACGAUGCUAGUAACGUUUUAGAAUCUCUUGUCCGAUUUUUACAAAACACGAAUAGUCAACAAACUCCACCCAUGGAACUGCAAGAAAAAGAGUACUUUGAAGAAAAUGAGUUAAAAGAUAACUAAAGCACCAGGAAAUGAAGUUCUAAAUCUUGCUUGGUUGAGAUAUUCAGGAGAUUUUUUUUGAAUAAAUUGGCUAAAAAAAUGCCAUGUCUAAAAACAUGCGCACAAUGUAAAAGCAGUUUUUACAGUAGUAACAGUACUGGUAGAAAUGUUCCAGAAAUUUAUGAACCAAGGAGAGAAGGACGGCGAAGAGGUGUGACUUUGGACUAUUUCGAACGAGGUUACGUUCAUGGGAUGACUGUUGUUCGCAAAAAAUUAGCUUUAAUUGCAUUUCAAAUAAAUUUGAAGGAGAAAUUGAAAAUUUACGCCACAAGAUUUACAUUUUAUUACAUUUUAUACAAAAAAAGUAAUUAAAUUCUCCACAAAAAACAUUUAUGGGUUUAAUAAUUAAAAUUAAAAAUAUAUGGAUUUUUAUUUCUGUCAGAUUUUUGAAACGCCCGCCCUUUACUUAUUAGUUAUAUUGUACGCCGAUAGGCUGCGCGUCUAUUACUACGCACUCUGCGUUUGCGCCUCUUCGUUAUACUUUGUAUUAUCUCUCUUACGUUAUAAGAACGACUGUGAUUUCUCCUCGUGUGUUCCGCUUUAUAUAAAAUGAGUGUAUUAUUAAUAAUAAAGUUAUAAAUAUAAUUUGACAAUUAUAAGUGAUGAGUGUUAACUUUCUUUCAUGAAAAUCCCCACCUUCUAAAAGGUUAUGGGCACAGACAAACUUUAAAAAGUGUUUUCACGAAUCCACCGCGUGAGUUUUGUUUAAAAUAGUAAAAGAAAAAAUCGAGAUUGGAAAAAUACGAAAAGACGAGAAGGAUGUCCGAAGAAAAACAGAAGAUCAUUCCAAGUGUGAGCAAAGCUGAUGAAGCGACGUUAGAAAAACUGUGGAAAAAUUUGGAUAUAACGUUUGGUUUAAACAAACAUCAUCCAGAAGAUGAGAUCCAAAUUACAACAGAAGGAGAGAAUAUCACACUAAAUAUUGAUAACAGAGUAUUUUAUCACACAGAAAAACGAAUGCUGACAGACAGAACAUGGGAUGCACUUCCAUUGUGGUUAGAUGAACAAAUCCUACAAGAUCAACCUGCUGUCAUGCCAAGGACGUUCUCGGGUAGCUCGGUCACAGAAUUAAUGAAAAUAGAUGAGGAGAAUGAGUCAACAAAAAUAGAUGAGGAAAGAGAAAAUAAUGAAGAUGAGAAAUUAUAUGAGAAGGAUGAGACAGGAGGGAAAUUAGUAAAAUUAGAAUUAGAAUUAGAAUUUCUUUAUUUGUUUAAGGAAACCAUGAGAACAAUUUUUACAGAGCAGCAUUCAACAAUCAUAAUAAAAAAAAGAAAGAUAGAUAAUACAAUAAUAAAUAGAAUAAUCUUGUGCAUACAAAUACUAAAUAAAGCAAAAUUUAUACAGCAGAAAUUAUAA